AUGUUAUUAGACCGUUACAUUUCGAAUGGACCUAUUCAAUCUGUAAAAUAUAGACUUCCAAAACCACCGGAUCUUACGGGUGCUUUAAAACCAAAUCAAGAAUUAACACAUGCUGAAACAUUAUUGCUGAAUGAAAUUAAUGGACCGGAAUCAAUUGCAAUACAUGAAGAAACUAAAACUAUUUAUGUUGGGCUUAAAAACGGCUUCAUUGCCACAAUUGAAAUUGAUAAAUUUAAAAAUGCGAAGUUGGUGAAAGAUUUCAAAUUAUUUACAAGAGCGGAAUACGGUAAACCAUGUGAUGGAAGCUAUCAUUCAUUACCGGAAUGUGGCCGUCCUUUAGGAAUACGAUUCAAUCGAAAAAAUCCGAAUUUAUUAUUUAUUGCUGAUGCUUAUUACGGAUUUUUCGAAGUAAACAUUCAAAAUGAGACGAUAAGACAAAUUCUAAAGCCUGGAACGAAGAUAUCACAUCAUUCAUCUUCGCCAGUUGUUCAUUUUAAUGACUUUGAUAUCAGCCAAGAUGGAAAUCACAUUGUCUUCACUGAACCAUCUCAUCGUUUUGCUGAUCGUGAUUGUUUUUAUGCAAUGGCUGAACACAGACCGGAUGGAAGAUUAUUGCAUUAUAAUAUGCAUACCGGUGUACUCCGUGUUCUGAUCGAUCGUUUAUAUUAUCCGAACGGUGUAGAAUUUGAUAAGACUGGAAAAUGUGUAUUUUUUUCCGAAAUGGGCAAUCUUCGAAUACUGAAGUAUUGCUUCAAUUAUAAAUAUCAAAAAUACAUGAUUGUGGCAAGUAAUUUACCCGGCUAUCCGGAUAAUAUUCGAAUGGCUAAUAAUGGCAUGUUAUGGGUACCACUUGGUCAAACUCGUUUAGAAGAUGAUUCUUGGAUUACUGAAAGGCCAUUUCUGAGGGAUAUUAUAGCAAUGAUUGCAAAAAGUGAUAGAUUUAUGGCAAUUCUUGACUAUUUCUUACCCAAAUAUGGUUUGUUACUGCUUAUUGAUCCAAUUAAUGGUACUAUAAUGCGAAGUUUCCAUGAUCCUACUGGUUUAACUAUAAAUUCAAUUUCACAGGCGGUGGAAUUUGAUGAUGGUACUAUCCUACUUGGCGGUGAUAAUAAUAUGUUCUUGGCCAGAUUUAAACCAUCAGUACCGUUAUGA